AUGUCCAGAGUCAAGAGAAUCGCCAAAGAAUUAGAAGAGUGUCGUCAAGACAAACAAUCGGGUGUCACGCUUGAACUCAAUAAUGAUGCUGACUUGACUCAUUUGACAGGAUACUUUGCUGGUCCACCAGGUACACCUUACCAAGGUGGAUUAUUCCAAGUUGCAAUAGAUAUCCCCAACGAAUAUCCUUUCAAACCACCACAAAUGAAAUUCAUCACCAAGAUCUAUCACCCAAACAUUUCAUCAGUUACUGGAGCAAUAUGUCUUAAUAUUUUGAAAGAUAAGUGGACUCCUGUAUUGACUUUAAAAUCAACUUUGAUUUCAUUGCAGCUUUUGUUACAAUCUCCCGAACCUAACGAUCCACAAGAUGCUGAAGUUGCCAAACAUUAUUUGAGUAAUAAAGCUGGGUUUGAAGAGACUGCUGCGUAUUGGACUAAAUUGUAUGCCAAUGAUGGUAAAUCUGAUGGCGAAGGUGGAAGUGGAGCUGCUACUGAGGUGAAAGAUUCGGCGUUGUAUGGAAUUGAUGAUUCGAUUGUGACUCAAUUUGAAAAUAUGGGUUUUCCUAGAGAUAAAACUAUCGAAGUUUUGAGAAGAAUGGGGAUUAAAAGCUUUAACGGUGUUAGUAAUAAAGGAGAUUUGGAGAAUAAGAUUUUGGAAGAGUUGUUGAGAGAAUGUCAAUAG